AUGAAGCACCUGCAGAAGCUGCUGCUGCUGUCCCUGCUGCUGGUGACCUGCUCCUCGGCUACAGCCUAUCGCUCCUGGACUCGGCUGGAGGGAAGGGACGAAGCCAAGAGCCACUUCACAGCCUCCCUGGCUUACCUGCAAGGCAGGAACAACCAUUCCUGUGGUGGCUUCCUGGUGGCCCCAGGCUGGGUGAUGACUGCAGCUCAGUGCUCGAAGUACAAACCUCUGACUGUCACCCUGGAAGCUCACACAAGCAAAGAGGGCAGCUGGCAAACAUUUGAAGUCCAAGAGUAUCACUGCCACCCAAACUUCACAAAGCCCGAGGCAGGAAAUGACAUCCUCCUGCUGAAGCUGCAAGGCAAUGCCACCAGCAACAGCUACCUCCCCUUGGAAGAAAAGCCCAGAAGGGUCAGCAAGUGCAGCAUGCUUGGCUGGGAGCACCGAGCACACAGUGCCACCCUGCGCAAAGCCACCGUCACCGUCAUCAGCAACAGAGACUGCAUGUCCUACUUCCCUGGGCGAGCCAAGAACCUGCUCUGUGGCAGGAGUGGAUCUGCUGGGGUGCCUGGGAAGAGCGAUGCUGGGGACCCUCUGAUCUGCAACAACAAAGCCUUCGGCAUCUUCUCCUACAAGUACGGGACCUGGCCUGGCUUCUACACGCUCAUUGCUCCUUACCUUUCGUGGGUCGAGAGUGUGAUGAAGUCAGUGUGACCCUGCCCCGCUCCCAGCUGCUGCCUCCAGGGCCCCAUUGCUCACCUGCUCUUCCUUCCUCCCUCCCUGGAAAGCAUCUGCUGCUGACCCUCACGGACCCAGCAAGGACUUCUCUCUGCAAGGCCAACCCGCGGCACUGAGGGGCUGGGUGGGCACUGCAGCCCGGUUGGGUUUCCUCCCUGUGCCAGCUGGGGAGUGCCUCUGUCCCCGGGGCAUGCUCCCGCACCUCGCAGCUCCCAGCUGCCCUUCUGUGGCUCCAGCUCUAGAGAGGAAGCAGCAG